UAAACGAGGUGCAUUGAUAGUGUUUGAAGGCUGUGACCGCGCUGGAAAAUCUACGCAAACAGAAAAACUUGUUAAAUAUUUAAAUGAACAUGGAUUCACAGCGGUCAAAGGGAAAUUUCCAGCUUCAUAUAUUGGUUUACCAUCACCAGAUAUUGUCUUUUUCAUGGAUGUGCCGUUGGAAGAGACUGAAAAAAGGGAUGGAUUUGGUAGUGAAAGGCUUGACAAAAGUGAGAUUCAAGUAAAGGCAAGAAAUGUAUAUUUAUCAUUGACAGGCCCAGAAUGGAAGAUAUUAGAUGGUCGACAAUCAAUUGAUGAACUUCAUGAAAAAAUUGUAAACAUGUCCCUAGAAGUAGUUCAAAAAUGCGGUGUCAUACCAAUACAAGAUUUGUGGAAAAAUUCUUAA